UGUUUGCAGGUGCUGCAGAAACUGACUUACAACGCUCGCGUCUUCCAGUCUACAAACUACAUCCAUGAGCUCAUUGCUUUUCUUAUGACUAACAUCCAGUCUCACAAUGACAACAUCAUCAUGCCAUGCCUUGGCCUCAUGGCCAACCUGUGUCGAGACAACCACUCAGUGCAGAGUUACAUCAAGUCUCUGGACAAUGUGAAGCCAUUCUACCGUACUCUGAUCAACUUCCUGGCUCACAACAGUCUGACUGUGGUGAUCUUCACGUUGUCCAUCCUGGCCAGCCUCACUCUGAAUGAGAGGGUUGGAGAGAAGCUCUUUGAUGCAAAGAACAUCCACCAGACUUUUCAGCUUGUGUUCAACAUCAUUGUGAACGGCGACGGCACUGUGACAAGAAAAUACUCUGUCGACCUUUUGGUUGAUUUGUUGAAAAACCCCAAGAUAGCAGAUUACCUUACCAGGUAUGAGCACUUCUCAGCAUGUGUGUCUCAACUUCUAGGACUGCUGCAAUCAAAAGACCCCGACUCUGCAGCAAAGGUGCUGGAGCUUCUCCUGGCCAUGUGCAGUGUCUCAGGGCUGCGUUUGCCGCUGUGUGAGGUGGUUUUCAAACCGGCAGGACCCAGACUCCGAGCAGCAGGUCGCAGACAGGGGGGCGGACUGGACGGUGGACGCAAGGCUGAGUCCGGGCUCGCCCUAGUGCAGUGGCUGAGCUCGCCUGUGGAGGGCGCUGAGUCCUGCUCACUCCAGGCCCUGCAGCUGUUAAAAGAGCUGCUAGAGGUAUGGCGGCACAGCUGGGACAAAGGAGACACUCAGAGGUCUAAAGGCCCUGACACACCAAGCCGACAGCCAAAGUCGGACCUUCG